AUGGAGCGAACGAAGGAUUUGCAGCGCGAGAAUAGAAAGGAAAAUAAACAGAAAAAGAGGAAACAAGAAGAAAUAGACUCCAAACGGGACGAGGAAGACUUGCUCGGUACGAUCGCACAAGACUUUCUAUUAAAGUCCAUUCACAAUAUCGCAAGUUUCGUUUCUUUAUUUUUUUUGACAUCUCAUCACAUUUGAUCGGAAGUAUACUGAAAUAUAAGAUUGGUUUACUGUGUUGUUUUGAAUGCAAUUUUUCCAACCAGGUUAUUCUUAUAAACAUGUUCCAACGGACGUUUUAUCGGUCAUUCAAAGCAUUUGCACUUGCUUCGGAAUCGGUGGUCUCUAUAACGCAAAGAAAAGGUAAAUACAUGCGACACCUCAUUUAGGUCAUUGAAUAAAACCUAAUGAUAAAUGACAGAAACUAGCCAAGAGAGUGAGGAGAACAUUGCGAGGUACUUAACUAAGCUUUGUGGUUAAAAGACCGCCCCUGCCUUCUUGUUCCAAUCUGGAAAUAAUCUCGGGCUUAAUUAGGUAACCUUUCAGUUCUUGUCACACAACCUGUUAAUGUUAUGUCACAGUACAGAACAAGAUUAUGGCGAAGAAUAAAAACAUGAUGAUGGUCUAUUUAAUCAGCAGCUCUGUGAUUCUUGAUUCAAGUAUAAUUCAUGGUUCAUUUACAAAGAUUUGGGAUACAUAACAUAAUUUGACUUGUGAAGGAUUGAACUGAAAAAAUAAAAUGCCAGACCAGGUUCCCCUUAACCCUUUCACUCCCAUGAUCUCUUUAGUAAUUCUCCCUACUAUCUGCCAAACACUGCUUAUAGUUUUAGUUUGGAGAAUUUGGUAUUGAAUCAAAUGAUAAUCCACCAAUUGAUAUUUUUCUAUAUUCCCAUUACUUGUUCACUUGAGAUUGUUUUGAUGUUUUAAGGAGAAAUUCUGUCUUGGUCACUAUUGGGAGUAAAAGGGUUAAACCAACAACAAUCAGAUAGUUCUGAGGAUAAAAACUCCUGUCCAGCAGGGAUUUUUAACCAUUUUUUACUGUGUUUGACCAUUAGAUUCAGUAAGUACUUUGGGCCAAGUACAACAUUUAUUACUGUGCUUUUUAUUUAUCUUAUUUUUUCAGAAAAAUUGAAUCAAAAGGUGGUGUAUUGGAAACACUAAAAGAAGGUAUAUCAUGUGCCACAUCUCACUCAAUGUUCAAAAAGAUAAGAACAAAUGAAGAAAAUAAGAGACUCUAAUGGUAAAAGGGGUGGCCCACGGUACCUUACACCUUUAACUCCCAAGAUCUCAUUGGUAAUUCUCCUUACUGACUGCCAUAUAAUUCUUGUGAUGUUCAUUUGGAGAAUUUGGAUUGGAUCAACUAAUAACCCCCUUAUUGUUGUUCUUUAUUCUCUUUUUAUAUUGUAAGGAGAAAUUCUCUCUUGGUAACUCAUAGGAGUUAGAGGGUUAAGAAAUCUUUUGUGUCACAAAGUUUGGGUGUGAUCUUAAAAUCUUGUCAAACUUUGAAAUGAGUGUCAAGAUUUCAUAUAUGGCACAUGUUGUUUUGGUAUUCCAAAAGUCUCAGUUUCCUCUUGGUUUGGGAUUUGGUCUAAUAGGAAAGGGUUUCUAGCAAACAAGUAGCAAGAGUCCUAGCUUGAUUUUACCACUCUGAUAAUUAAUAUAUGAAAUGGUUUUGAUUAAGAAGCUGUUAUAUCGCAAAAGUGAAUUAGUAAGAUAGUAAUGAGGAACUCUGACACAGAAUUUCUUUUCAUACAUAUAAUAUUACCAUGCAUUUUAGUAAAGCAAAGUCACUGAUGAGUUAUAUUUAUUUAAUGAAAUCCAUUAGUAUCUGUCUUGAAUCAUCAAGUAGGGAUUUUAGCACCUCACAAGUCCAACAUUUUGCCAUUCGUUAACCCUAGAAAAAACCUUGGAAUAUAGUGAUUAUGAGAUGCUUCUGUGCUUUUAUUAGUUAUUAAUGUUAUAUUUAAUUUUUAACAUUUGUAGAGUGGAACCCCUUAGAUGAAAUCAAGGCACUGCCUUUUGAAAUGCAACAGAGGUAUACUUUGGGUAUUUUCUUGGGAUUAAUACCCUGCUCAUUUGCUUUCUCAGAUAUAUAAGAGAGGAAUUUUAUUGUUUAGGGAAGAAUAUGUCCAAGUGUUAUUUACACUUAGUAUGUUAGAAAUGUCUAAUCUUGUUUCCAUUAACUUGCAAUCUUUUAUUCUUUUCCUGUUUCUUUUUUGUCAGCAGAUACGCAAAAAAAAUAUCAGAGGAAUCCUAUAAACUAGCAGGAUUGAUCAAAAAAAUUUCGUUUUUAUUCAAAAAGCUUCAUGAAGGUACUUUGUAUGUAACCUAACAGCAACUAUACACAACUAUCAAUAAUGAAUCAGACUGUUGGAUCAUGGGAGUUAUCUCUGUAUUCAACUGUACUGUGCCUGUGUGGAUAGAAAGGGUUGGUUAAAAGACUUUCAAGAGAACAAGCAGAAUCAGACUUAUUUGCCUUUACUGCUGAUUUAUUUUGAGAAAAAGGUAUCACAAUUUGUUACUGUGUUGUGAGUUCUCUCUUUUGAUCUUAGUUGAAACUUGGAUACAAUACGUCUACAGUACAAAUUAUAAGCAACAUCACGUGCCUGUACAAACACAUCCGCUUAUUAUCUCUUGCUAAAUGUAAAUUGAACAGUUGUUUAUAAGAUACAGAUUCUAAGAUACAUACAGUCCAUAAUGCAAGUGAGAGACUGAAUAAACCCUUUAACUCCCAGAAGUGAUUAACAUGUAACUUCUCCCCACAGUAUUCAUACAUUAUCCAGCAAAAAGGUAGUGACAUUACUCAAACUUAUCAGGUACAAGACAUUACCUUCAGUUGAUUGAACACCAAAUUCUCAUAACCAAUUUUUAAGGAAAUGUGUAUCAGUUGGAGAAGACAAUAACAAUCAGAUCUUGGGAGUUAUAGGCUUAAGACUUCUAAAACUGAAAUAUUAGUCCAAGCAAGUGUGGUAAAUUAGGACUAUGAUCUUUCCUAUGGUCUAAUGUACAAUUGACAAGUAGCUGGUACCAAUGAAAUUAACAAAAAAAAAGUAUCACAACAUUGCUCAAGAGCUAGACAGCAGAGUCUAACUAUGGUGUCAUUCUGCAUUACUUACAGGGAGAAGUUUUAUGAAGGAUGUUACUAUGGAUGUCUUCCUCAAGGUUCAGUUAAUGAUUUAAUUUCAAUUUCUGUAUUUUAAAAUAUCAUGUAGAUCAUGUAUGACAAAACUGAUAUUUUACAGUCAAUGUUUUGGCACAUUGAACCCUUUAACCCCUAACAGUGACCAGCAUCUAAUUUCUCCUUACAAAAUCACCCCUUAAUCCAAUACGAAGGUUUUGAGAACAGGAAGUAAUUACCAACUAAAGCAGCUCUUGAUUUUUGAACAAAUUCUUAAGCAAACAUUAGAGAAAAGUGUGGAGAAUGUGCAUACUGAUGUCAGGGUGUAGAGGGUGAAAGACAAUUUCAGUUGGUUUGGUUACUCUUUGGAAUUUUAAGACUUGGUCAGUGUCAUAGUUUCCUUUAAGGAGGGGGUAUCUCUUCAUAGUGAUGAUAAGAAGUGAAGUGGUGAUAAAUAUCAUAGUUUCUGAAGCAAAAUUCUCCAACACUUUGACCCCAGUUAGGCUCACAUUGAAUGACUAAACACUUCUUCAUCUAAGUGGUUAGUGAUUCACAGCUAGAGUGUGCGAAUCAGAUACAAUGAGUGACUUUUUAAAUAUACAUAGUACUCGACAAUUUUUUUCAUUUACUUAAUAUCAUAUUUUUAUUUCUUGUGGACAGGAUGUAAAAAUAAAACCAUCCCUAGCCCCACCAGAUCAGUAUGUUGAAAUGGGCCUCUGGAGACAGGUUAUGCAGGUGAACCAACAGAUUUGCCAAGAAAUGGAACAACUAGACAAGAAAUUAGAAGAAAAUGAUUGUCAAGACAACUCUGAGGUCCAUGCAUAUGACUGUUUCUGUUUUCUUUCUUGUUUUUUUUUAGUAAUACUACAUUGUGUAUACACUGUUGCGUGCAUUUUACACAGAAAAAAUCAAGGAGUAAACUAAAAUGAAUCAAACAAAGUGUUUUUCAUAAUUGCAUUACAAGGCAUAACUGUGAGAGAGGCAUGGAAGAGUCUAAGAGUGGUCUUUCAGUCUGACAGUCUAGUCUGUCAGUCUGACUGUCUCCUAGUGUAGUCUUUCUGUAAGCAGUCAAGUUUGUCUAUCUAGCAUUCUAUUCUUUCUGUGUGUCUGCCCUUAUCUGUCUGUCCAACUGUCUGCUUUGUCUUUAUAUUAACGUCUGGUCUGUCUUUCUCUCUGCCAGUUUGGCUUGUUUGUGAGUGGUCUAUCUAUUUAAUGCUUUUUUUUCCAAUCUUGUGCUUUUUUAACAGGAGGACACUCCAAGCAAAUAUGCUGAAAAAAGUGAGGAAAAGGAACCUUCUAUGAAUGAGGUUACUGAAGAAAACCAUUUAAUUGUUAUUUAGUUUUAAAUGAUAAGAUAAAUUGCACGCAUAUUUUGAUUGGGUCUCUCCUAUGAUUUGUUGAAGGGUAGACUCACAAAUGAGGUCAUCCUCAUUAAAAUUUUGUUUUGCUAUCAUGUAAAACAAUUACAUCCAGAUUCCAUGUGAGUUUGCACAGUAAUAGUAAUAGAUCACAGAUGACUUUAAAAUGUGGUAAGUACCUCAGUGACACUCGACUGCACCUUGGGUGCCACUUUUUUGUUCUUACCACAUUUUUAAGUCAUCUGUGUAUGUCACAAAACAGAAACAUGGAAUCUACCUGUAUUUGUUACAUAAAAUAUACUCAAAGUCUAAAGGGAGCAUUUCUGCAACAAUAGUAACCAUUUGUUUUUAUUAGUAAUUUUUAAAUUUCAUUUUUUUCUUCUCUGUUUUGCAAUAAAAUAUCAAUCAUAACUGAGUCUUCUGAGUGGGAGAAAUGUAAGAUAUAAAAUUUUCCCUUUACAGAGCAAAGACAAAACAAAAUCUUUCCGUGACUACUACAUGGAGAUGGCAACCUCUAGUUUUGGUGAUGACUUGGAUCGGCUUCGACAGGUGUGUUCCUUGUGGGAUUAGUUGUGAGUUUGUUUAGUUAUAAACAUAGAUAAUAAGAACAAAAAUCUAUCCAUCAAACAUAUCUUCAAAAGAAAAACAUGAGGGUAGCCCUCGGAAUUUUCCUAAUUCAAAGAGCUCAGUAUAUACUGGAAUUUUGUUUUAAUUUUGUACAUACAUCAUGUUUUUAUAAGCAUGGUCAAUUGAGAAUCCAACGAAAAAAAUUAGGAUGUAUUUUCAUGGUCAUUUGUUGUAACCUUACAGAGACUGGUCAACAAUUUUGUUUGUUUGUUUUUUUACAUCAUCUGAAAAAACCGAGUUGAAGUCUGGCCAAGUCUGAUCAGGUGACUGUAAAGUGGAAGGGGGCCACACUAUUUCAAUUUUGACUAUGGCUGCAGAUAAGAAUAUGACUUGUAAUCCCAAUAAUUUUUAAAACAAAAAGUUAUCUGCUAUAGCACAACACAAUUUCUCUGUCAUUCUUAUGUCAGGUACUUUUCUUUUACUUUAGGAGGGAAGCUUGGAUUCACGAAAAGUUGAAAUGCUAAUAAACUGUUUGGAAACUGGUAAGGACAUUUGGUCUGACUUAGAGAAAAAACUGCUCCAGUCUACAUGAACAUGAACAUUUAAAGUUAGGAUUGAAGCAAAUUUUCUGUGAUUUGGUGGCCAAUAUACCAACAAGAGUGAUAAAGGCAAAACUAUCCUUCAGUGGAGAUGUUUGUUUGUUCAGUGGUUGAUUGGUUGGUUAGUUCGUUUAUUUGUUUGUUUGUUUGGUAUCACAGUGGUUGUCUUAUUGAUAGCCCAGAUUUUUAACAGCCGGUAGCUCAAACUGAGCAUCAAACAGAGCGACAACAAAUACAAACCCAAGGGAGUGGUUGAAAAAAACACUUCUCAAGACAUAGAUUGCUACUCGACUUGCAAUUUAAAACAAACAUUAGGGUUAGGGUAGUAUUGUGAGAUCACCAUAGCCUUGUUUGUGAGUUACAUUUGCUGUGAAUGUUUCAAGGUUUCGUAACUGCUUUCGCACUAUUCUCAUUUGACCACAAUUACCAGAAUCCCUUUAAGUCGUUGCCUCCUCGUGUCACGUAAGGAUUAUUGAAUUUACUAAAUUUUUCUGUUAAAAAAAUAACGAAAUGAAUUCUGUUUAUUGGGGUAAACUUGGUGACGCUCUUGUGUCAAUGUAUUAUUCCAUAAAUUUUAUUAUUCAUCGGC